AUGCCCAAGAAGCAAUCCUCUGCUAAGACAGCUUCGUUGUUCGAUAUCCGGUUCCAAUACCUCGACCACGAUGUGUUGGUCCUCAAGGGCAACGAGCACGAUGCCGCUUCGGCACUCCUAGCAGGCAAGAUCGUGUUAUCGUUGAACGAGCCUCUAAACAUCAAACGGUUGUCUUUGCGGUUGUACUCUACGUUGCGUUUGAACUGGACUGACCACUUCCAGACUCCCAAGGGGACGUUUCCAAAACCAAAUCGGUUUGACAAGACCGUCUACGAGUACUUUUGGGAUUCCAAGACCCUCAGCCAGUACCUCAGCACCUUGCAGGAGCAGCUGGGUGGUCCAUCCAGCACCUCGUUGAGCAGGAACCACUCGUCUGCUUCGCUCAAGAACUUGGGCCAUUCCCUCAGAUCCAAGUCAUCCAGCAACCUUUCCCAUCUUUCAUCUUUCAGUCUCUCGUCGUCCCAUUCCAACCUCGCCCAUAACGACUCCUCCACAAGCUUGUCUGCCUCCAAAACAAGUGCCCAGAACACAGUUCUCGCACCAGGCAACUACGAAGUUCCCUUCAGUGCCAUACUUCCAGGAAACAUGCCCGAAUCCAUCGAAGGCUUGCCUGGAGCUUCCCUUGUGUACCGUCUCGAAGCCACCAUUGACAGAGGUAAGUUCCACAACAACAUGGUUGCCAAAAAGCACCUUCGUGUGAUCAGAACCUUGACAACAGACUCGGUCGAGUUAUCCGAAACAGUAGCUGUUGACAACACUUGGCCCAACAAAGUGGAAUACUCGUUGAAUGUUCCAUCCAAGGCAAUUGCCAUUGGUUCAGGGACUCCCAUUAGUUUCAUGUUGGUGCCAUUAUUAAAGGGCCUCAAGCUAGGCAAGAUUAAGAUCCAAUUGGUAGAGUUUUACACGUACAUCGGCUACAUCGGUCCUCCGCACAAUGGUGAAAGAGUGGUAUGCGAGAAGGCUAUCGCUGAACCCGAUGAAUCUGACCCUAACUUCCAGAUGGACAAAUGGGAGGUUGACACCUUCUUGAGACUUCCAGCUAGUUUGUCAAAGUGUACCCAAGACUGCGAUGUUGCUCAGCAUGUCAAGGUGAGACAUAAGAUCAAGUUUACCAUUGGAUUGGUUAACCCAGAUGGGCAUGUUUCGGAACUUCGUGCUUCCUUACCCAUUCAAUUGUUUAUUUCUCCUUUUGUCACUAUCAGUGCAAAGUAUGAAGAUGACACAGAUGCAGCUUCCUUAGAGGAUAAGACUAAACACGAAACUGAAAACAAUCAAGACGAAGAGUUGCUUUUCUCCACAGACAUGCACAGUACGAGUAACACCAGUUUGAGCCAACUAGCCGAGCAGCAAGCCAAUAGUGGCGAGUUGAGAAGAUCUAAUAAUGGAUCAGUGUCAUCUUUCAGUGGUUUGAUGGCUCCACCAUUGUAUGAGAAGCACAUAUAUGACAGGCUUUGGUCAGAUGUGUCCCCGAUCGAAUCCCCAAUCAGUUCAGGAACUGCCACACCAAGAAACAACAUUUACAGUAAUAAUAGAAGUGAUGUUCUGCAACAUUUCUCAAUGUCUCCAAUUGACACUAACCAAUUGACUGAAAACUUGAGACAAUUGAGUUUGCAAAGACAGGCACAAGAAAGUGCCGAGCAACUUACUCCAAAUGGAAUUUCCAUUCCUUCAACACCAAGAGGAAUUUCAGGAGAUAGGCCCGUGUUCAAUCUUGAUGGAGAGGCCGCAAGCACUGCGCCUGAAGCUACACAAGGAGAUUAUCUUACUAGAGGUAGACCAGUGAUGUCUUCUUCGUAUUCUGGUCAAGCUCCCAGUUACUUUACUCAGCAUCAUAGUCAAAACGGUACUAGUUUCAAUAACGGUUUGAUGUCACCUGGCCUGCAAACUCCACCUCAUCAUCUCUCCAGAGUUAAUUCUGAGUUGAAUUCCAGCAAAUUGAGCCAAGUUCCAUCGUACUCUCAAGCUAUCAGAAGUGAACCUGAUGAUACUCUUUCACCCGCAUAUGAACCACCGUUACCGGGAUCCAAUGUUAACUUGGCAGAGUUAAACAGACGAUUCGAAGAGAUGCACAACCAAAGUAGCAGUGCGCCUACUAGCAGCAAGAAUAAGUUGCUUUCAAGAGGCUCCAGUUCCUUGAGUUUGCGUAAUUUGGGCUCAUCCAGAAACUCAUCAAACGGAUCAUCUCCAUCUCACUCAAGAAAUGUUUCUUCAACCAACCUCGCCAAUCUUUCUAGAACCUCCUCCAAGAGAAGCGUAAGUGGAAGCAAAAGCAGCAGUACUAGUAAUAGUAACAGCAACAGUACUACAAACUUAGUGGGAAGUCCUCCGGGAAACAAAACUAGAUUCGACAGUUUGGUCGAGGAAGAAGAAACAUUGAUGGAGUCAAGGAGGAGGCCCGCCAGAUAUAAAGACCAAGUAGGCCCAGAUGGCUCAAUUGAAAUGAAACCAGUGAUCCCUUCACUCUUUGAUAUUGCUGGAGAACUUGACUCACACUUGUCGUCCAUCAAACAGCAAGUGAACGAAUUGAACUCCAUGUAUAAGAAGCUUAUUAUAGUAAGCAAAUCAGAUAAGAAGGAGUUAGAAAGAAGAAUCGAAGACUUGAAUUACAAUAUAUUGAAGACAUUCGAGCAAUGCUACGUACUCAUCAAAAAGUAUGAAUAUCUAGGAAAGAAUCACCAAAAGUUGAAGUUGGAUUAUACUGAGAAUGAUCUCGAGAUCUUGAGCAGUUUUAAGAAGAAUUAUGCAACGAAAAUUCAGGAUAAUUCUCUAAUAUUCAGGAAUUUACAAAAUAAUUACAUCAAGUUUCUCAGGGAUGAUGAGGAUGAAAUGGAUACCUUACUCGGGAACUCAUCCACUAUCGACACAACUUUGCUCGAAGAAGAGGAAGGGAAGACUUCACAAAUCGAAGAUUAUUCUAAACAAGUAUUGCAACAAACCCAAGUUUCUUCAGAUUCCAAUUUGCUAAGACAGAGGGAAAAGGAAAUCUCAAACUUAGCUAUGGGAAUUUUAGAGAUUUCGACAAUCUUCAAGGAAAUGGAGUCAUUAAUCAUCGACCAGGGUACCUUAUUGGAUAGAAUUGACUACAACUUACAAAACACAGUCCAAGAUUUAAAGCAAUCGGAUAAAGAGUUAGUGAAAGCUCAAGGGUACCAAAAGAGAACCACAAAAUGUAAAAUCAUAUUUUUGUUGUGUUUAGUGGUAUUUGCAUUAUUCAUCUUAGUAUUGGUGAAGCCUCAUGGGACUACUAAGGUAAUAGAGAAACCAGCACCGGCUGAAUCUCGACCUUCUCUAGAAAAGCCACAAGAGGAAAUACAAGAGCAUGGAUCCGAGAUAGACUUGUUAUAG